CCGCCGGGCGUCCAGGCCGACGCACCUGCCAAUUCACGCACCUUGGUCACUCACACUGAACCGGACGACUUCCUCGCCCGCACCGAUAACGUUUUUAUUUUUGCACCUCAUUCAGAUGACAACAAGCAAAAUGAUUGCACAUACUUCGUGUUUUUACGUUUCGUCUUUAGUGAAACAUCAUUGGAAGCAAUGUAACCAGUGUAUUAAAUUAUAUUCAGCUUGGGCACAACAGAAAACAGACACUGAAGGUCCUUGGAGCUUUUAUUCACAGCAAGUGUCAGGUGGUACUCUAAUCAAAGAUGAUCAUCAGGAAAAGAUAGUGCAGCAAUUGCAAAAGGUCUAUGAUGAUGUUGUAGCAUUUCAGAGACCUGCGUUAAAAGUGCAGAGCAGUAGUAGUCUCUUUAACUUUUUUAAGAAAAGUGUACCUCAAAAAAUUAUUGCACCUAAUGGCCUUUACAUCUAUGGUAGUGUGGGAGGUGGUAAAACAAUGCUUAUGGAUUUGUUUUACGAAACUGUUCCGAUAAAAGAAAAACUGAGAAUCCAUUUCAAUUCUUUUAUGUUGAAUAUUCAUGCUAGAAUACAUGAGUUGAAAAUUAAGUCCGGGAAAGGUGCAAGCUCGUUUCGAGAUGAGGGCUCUAAGCCAUUUGAUCCUAUACCUCCAGUGGCUGCUGACAUCACACAAGAGUCAUGGCUUAUUUGUUUUGAUGAGUUUCAAGUAACUGACAUUGGAGAUGCCAUGAUUUUAAAACGUUUAUUUACUCAGCUAUUUGACAAUGGAUGCGUUGUUAUAGCAACUAGCAAUCGAAAGCCUGAUGACUUGUACAAAAAUGGAUUACAACGGUCUAACUUUUUACCUUUUAUACCAGUGCUCAAGGCACACUGUGCUGUAAUACAGUUAGACUCUGGCAUUGAUUAUAGGUUACGAGGAAUGGGUAACAAAUAUAGCAAAUAUUUUUUGAAUAGCGAAUUGACACCUGAGAACAAUGUAGUUGACAAUUUAUUCAAGUUUCUUAUAUCAAAGGAAAAUGAUACAGUCAGGCCUAGAGUAAUAAAUAUUAUGGGCAGAAAUGUUAAAUUUGCCAAAGCAUGUGGAAGAGUUUUAGACUGUACUUUUGAGGAAUUAUGUGAUAGACCUCUAGGUGCUAGUGAUUACCUAGUGAUAUCGAAGACUUUCCACACAGUGUUCGUAAGAAAUUUACCCCAGCUGUCAUUAGUACGGCACAGAUCUCAGUUGCGGCGUUUCAUCACUAUGAUUGAUACUCUAUACGAUAACAAAGUGAGGGUAGUAAUAUCAGCGGAUGUUGAACCUAAAGAUCUUGUGAAUAAAAGAGAAGCAGAAGAAGUUGAUGACACCCACCGAGUUCUAAUGGAUGAUUUGAAUAUUACGAAAAAUUCUGAGGAUGCCAAAGCUGCUAUAUUCACGGGCGAAGAGGAACUGUUUGCGGUUGAUCGGUGCCUUUCGCGAAUAAUGGAAAUGCAGACAGACGAAUAUUGGGAUAAAUGGGGCAAGCAACAAAGUUAAUGAAAUUUUAUUUUAAUGUUAUAGUUUAAUUAUGUUUUCUGUACAAGAUUAAAAUAUUGUUACUCUUAGAGCUAACAAAAUGUUGAAUUGAUGCCAUAUCCUCUUAGUACUAAUUUCUUAAAGAAGACUGAACAUAGUUCAGUUUCAGUAUUUUGUUAUUUGUUUAAAGUUUGAAUUUUCAUGUAGACCCGAAAAUUUAGGUUGGCACAAUUAGAGGGUUUUGUUCAUAAUAUUUUUUUUGUGUUCACUACGUAGUUAUGUAAUUUAGCAUAAGUAAUUGUUAUUUAACUGU